GCAACGGCGCCCCCAGCGGCGCGGGGCUCCCGGUGGGCCGGGGCGGCCAUGGCGCUGCCGCUGCUGCCCGGGGCCUCCCGCGACCGGAACAUUGGGAAAGAAAAGUUCCACAAGUCACAGCACUGGGGUUACUGCAAUAAUGUUGCUAUGCUGGUUGGAGAAGAUAAACCUGGAAUAGGAGGUGAACCGUUACCUGGUCAGAAGCUGAAACCUAAAUAUAGUGUGUUUCCUGAAGGAAUAGGGAGUGAUGCUCCUGCUUGGGUAGCAUUUGACAAGCAGGUACUGUCUUUUGAUGCCUAUUUUGAGGAAGAAGUGCCUGACCAAAAACAAGAACUAUAUAGAAUCAGACAUUGUAAAAUAUACUUCUACCUUGAAGAUGAUACAAUUCAAGUGAUUGAACCCCAAGUGAAAAAUAGUGGCAUAACUCAAGGAACUAUUGUUCGACGGCAUCGGAUUCCACUUCCACCUCCUUAUGAAAAUCAGUUCUAUACUAUAGAUCAUUUUAAUAUCAACAUAGAAGUAAUCUUUUAUGCCCGAAAAUACAAGAUUAUAGAUUGUGACCAGUUUACAAAACAUUUCUUGAGGAAGAUGGGAGUUAGAUUAAAUCCUCCCGCAGAUCGUCCAGAUGACCCAUACACCAAAGAACGGCAAAAGAUUCUGGAUAGUAUGAAGCCACUGCGUCCUUAUGAGCGCAUUGACACUUUGAAACAAUUUCUGGAGCAUGAUGGACAUGUUUUACGUUUUUUCUGUGUGUGGGAUGAUCCCAAAUCCAUGUUUCAUGACCCACGGGAACUUGUUCUGCACUAUUAUUUGUCUGAUGAUACUAUUGAUCUAAAAGAAAUCAUACCAGUAAACUCAGGCCGGGAUGCAGUUCCACUUUUCCUCAGAAGAGAUAAGCUUCCAAAGUGUGCUCCUAGUGAGCUGUAUCAGCCAGGUGCAAUCACCAGUCGCACUGUUCUCAAUGUGUUUGGAAAGUUAGGAAACAGAGACCGGUACAUUCUGGACAAUCGUAAGACAGGAGCAGUGCAUCAGGAAUUUUACAGAGACAGUGACCUGAAAAUAGGGGCAGUAAUUAAUGUUUGGGGAAGGAAGAUAAUACUCUGUGAUUGUGAUGAAUUCACUAAAGAAUAUUACAGGACAAAGUACGGAAUUGAGGAUUUCACCCCAGUUCCAUAUAAGACUCCAUCACCUCCAAAACCAAAAAUCCCAUUUCCUCCUUAUACUGGAUUUGGUUCCGAAGAGGAUUCUCUGUGCUCCUGUAUGGGUCUGCUUCCCAAGCCUCCCCAAAAAGAUUUCAAGAAAUUCAUGGAGAAAGACAGAAGUGGCAUGCAAAGUAACAUACUGCGCUUUCUUGCAAAACUCACCACAGAUAGUCCUGUUGACAAGGAUCGGAGAUUUAUUAUUUCCUACUUCCUGAGUGAUGACACCAUUUCAGUUUUUGAACAUACACAGCAAAACACAGGGAUACGUGGUGGGAAGUUCUUGGAAAGAGGUCGCAUUAAGAAGCCAGGGCAGGAGCUCUUUAAGAGUGAGCCAUCUGAAUACUUCAAGGCUCAGAAUCUGUUUGUUGGAGCCAGAGUUUGUUUCCAUGGUCACAACUUUCUUUUGGUGGAUGCUGAUGAGUACACGUUCAACUACAUGGAGAAGCAUGCAAAUGAGUUCUGUAUGGCUGAUAUUGGUGUCAUCCUCAAGAAACUGAAAGACAUAGCCAAACCUCGUUCCCAAGAAAUCAGACAGGUGUUUGCAGCCACUGACCCUGAGCAUACCAAGGUGAUUGAGUAUGACCCUUUCAGAAAUUUGAUAGUCGAUAUCGCUGAUGGAGCAUUUUCAGAACAUGAAAUUAUAACUCUUGGGCGCUAUUACAGUGUGAGAGAUGAAUAUGAAAUAGACCUCCAGUUCCUCCUUGCAGUGGCUCAAGAACGACUAAAGAAAAAUAGCUUUGAGAAUUUUGAACAACUGUCUGCAGUGCUUGUAUACAAUGACCGUGAAAAAUGUGGAGUGCUGCCCCAUGAGAUGUGCAGGACUGUUUGCAAGUCCUUUAAGUUGCCACUGGCUGAUGAUGACCUGCAAGCUUUACUGACCAUGUUUGAAGAUGAGCAUAAGCAAGUGGAAUAUAAAAAAUUUGUGGAUGGGCUGAACUGGAGAGAGAAUCAAAUCCCUGCUUUCCAGACAAUAAAGGUUCCUCUUAAGAAUGAAGGUGACGGCAGUGGACAACCACCAUUCCUUCCUGUGAAACGAAUCAAAUACUUACCUCUCCUGGAUGAUCUGUUUGGCAAGGAAGAAUAAUCUGAUCUGUGCAAGGCACUACUUUUGGAUUAGUGUUUCAGCUCUAAAGCUUACUUAGAUAUUGAAAACAUUCCUUGUAAAACAUAAAGAUCAGAUAGAGGCUUUAUUGCGUUGAAUUUCUUAUUCCAACAUAGAUGUAUACUUUGUGUGUUUUUGUAACUCCUUCUAAAUCAACAGUACUCUUUCAUACUUCUACAAGCAUAAUUAAAACUGUAUCCUCUGA